AUGUCGUCGCAAAGUGACAAUGAAGUACAUGAUCCAGUGGCUAAUUUACAUAUGCAACCAUCAAGAGGUAUUCUUAAAUCUAAAAAAAGUAUUGAUGAUGCAAAACAAGAUAUUCAACCUGAAACAAUAGCACCAUCAUUAAAUAAUUGUCCAACUACUGGUAUGACUAGAUCUGAAAGUAGAAGUCAUAAAAUUCCGCAUUUUGAUGAAAUGAAUAUAAUUGCAACAUAUCAUCCACCUGAUAAAGAUUAUGGUCAUAUGAAAAUAGAAGAACCUAAAACACCCUAUGCACCAAAUGAUAUGAUUGAUGAAGAAAUACUUCCGGAAGUAACGAAUACUGGAAUUGAUCCUCUUACACUUGCACAACGAUUAAAUCAAUCAACAAUACCUUCGCCGGAUCCAUCUCAGUCACGUCGCAGUCGUGUAGCACAACAUCGAAAACAAUUUGUAACUCAUCGUAAACAACAUUAUAAUGAAUUUGAAAUUGUACGAUUACGUAAAAAAGAGAUUGAAGAUGAAUUACGUGCUCUUGAACAAGAAGAACAAAAAGCAACUACAACUAAUGCUUCACAGGAAUUCGAUGGAGAAGGAAAAGGAAGUGAAACUAUAUCUUCAUCUCGUUCAUCAGUUGAUUCAAUAAAGCCAAUAUUAGUUCAUCAUCAUUCACGAGAUUCAUCAACAUCUUCUGGUCAUCAUCAUCAUGUACAUGUUGAAGCUGAUCAUGAUGAUGAACAAACAUUAACACCUGAAGAACGAGAACGAAAAAAACAAUUUGAAUUAAAACGUAAAAAACAUUAUAAUGAAUUUCGUGUUGCACAUUUGGUCGAUCAAAAUGAUGAUGAACCAGAUAUGACUGGAUAA